AUGCUGGCAUCGCUGGCGAGGGUCUCGGCUCUGCGGAGAACCGGCCUUUUCUCCCUCCGGGGCGGCGGGACGGGGCUGUGGACCGGCCGCCCGCAGUCAGAUACUGACAAUGUGAAGCCAUUGGAGGGUAUAAAGAUUCUGGAUCUAACGAGAGUACUGGCGGGACCUUUUGCUACUAUGAAUUUAGGAGAUCUUGGAGCAGAAGUUAUAAAAGUGGAAAGACCAGGAGCUGGUGAUGAUACACGAACUUGGGGUCCACCUUUUGUGGGGACAGAAAGUACUUAUUUUCUCAGUGUUAACCGAAAUAAAAAAAGUAUAGCUGUUAAUAUCAAGGAUCCAAAAGGGGUGAAAAUCGUCAAAGAGCUUGCGGCCGUUUGUGAUGUGUUUGUAGAGAACUACGUCCCUGGCAAACUGUCUGCGAUGGGGCUGGGCUAUGAAGAUAUCAACAAGAUUGCACCUCACAUGGUCUACUGUUCCAUCACAGGGUAUGGUCAGACAGGUCCACUGUCUCAGCGAGCUGGUUAUGAUGCUAUUGCCUCUGCUGUUUCUGGUCUAAUGCAUAUCACAGGACCCGAGGAUGGAGAUCCAGUUCGUCCAGGAGUGGCCAUGACUGAUCUUGCCACUGGCCUUUAUGCCUAUGGAGCCAUUAUGACUGGAUUGAUACACAGAUAUAAAACCGGAAAAGGACUGUUCAUUGAUUGUAACCUACUGUCAUCACAGGUGGCGUGUUUGACCCAGGUAGCUGCUAAUUAUCUUAUUGGCCAAAAGGAAGCGAAAAGGUGGGGCACAGCUCAUGCCAGUAUUGUUCCUUACCAGGCUUUUAAAACCAAGGAUGGAUAUCUUGUAGUUGGAGCAGGAAAUAACCAACAGUUUGCAGCUGUGUGCAAGAUCUUGAAUUUGCCUGAACUGAUCAAUGAUUCCAAAUACAGAACUAACCACCUUCGGGUACAGAAUAGAAGAGAACUUACUAAAAUAUUAUCAACACGGUUUAAGGAAGAAAUGACCAGCAAGUGGUUACAGCUCUUUGAAGGAAGUGGAGUCCCGUAUGGCCCAAUUAACAACAUGAAGAAUCUGUUUGCAGAGCCCCAGGUGUUACACAAUGACCUCAUUAUGGAGAUGAAGCAUCCAACUGUGGGGAAGAUAUCAGUCCCAGGCCCAGCUGUGAGAUACAGUAAGUUCAAGAUGUCAGAGGCCAGGCCGCCUCCCCUUCUCGGGCAGCACACGACGCACAUCCUGAAGGAGGUCCUCCGAUAUGAUGACAGGGCCAUCAGGGAGCUGCUCAACACUGGAGUGGUGACCCAACAUGAGGUUGAGUGA